AUGCUUCUUUCUGGUGUUGAGAACUCCACAGUCAAACACUGCAAUGCCUGGUUCUUGCCCCUAAUCUUUGGCAGACUUAAUCCUGCACGUAGUGUAAUUCUUAAUGCAUCUCAUGAGGAUUCAUUCGCAAAGCAAAAUUGCCAAAAUCUGUGUCAGAAAGGCUGGAUUAGUUACAAAGGUUGCUGUUAUCAAAAAAGAAUGACAUGGACACAAGCUGAGAAAACCUGCUGGACUGACAGAGGUCCCCUAACCAGCAUUGCCAGUGCAGAUGAGAAUGAAUUCCUUCAUAAACUUGCUCAGGGGCAGAAAGAAACCCAGUUUUGGAGAGGGGGAGCUUGCCAAAAGGGGUCAUUUUUGAAAUGGACUGAUGGAUCUCUGACAACGUUUAUCCAGAGGCCUCUGUUAUCCCUUUUCAGAGCUGUUGGAGGACUAGUUAACAGCCUGUUUAACAUAAAAAUUUGUCUGACCCUGAAUAUCGGAGGCAGGGGUGAAUGGGACGGCUCUCCCUGCCGCAAGAGGCUACUGUUCAUCUGUGUUUACAAACCACAACUGAUGCACCUUAACCUGUCACUGAACCACUGA